AUGUUUUCCCUUUUUUCCUUUCUCCCUUUUCUCUUUCUUACUGCAACAAUGUUUUUCCCUUUUCCUUUAUCCCUUAUUUCUCUUUCUUACUGCAACAAUGUUUUCCUUUUUCCUUUAUCCCUUAUUUCUCUUUCUUACUGCAACAAUAUUUUUCCUUUUCCUUUUCCUUUUCUCUUUCUUUCCAACAAUGUUUCCCUUUUUCUUUAUCCCUUAUUUCUCUUUCUUACUGCAACAAUGUUUUCCUUUUUCCUUUUCCCUUUUUCCUUUUUACUGCAACAUGUUUUUCUUUUCUUUCAUUUUCUCUUUCUUACUGCAACAAUGUUUUCCCUUUUCCUUUAUCCCUUGUUCUCUUUCUUACUGCAACAAUGUUUUCCCUUUUUCCUUUAUCCCUUGUUCUCUUUCUUCUUCAUGUUUUUUCCCUUUUUCCUUUAUCCUUGUUCUCUUUCUUACUGCAACAAUGUUUUCCCUUUUUCCUUUAUCCCUUGUUUCUCUUUCUUUGCAACAAUGUUUUCCUUUUUCCUUUAUCCCUUUUUCUCUUUCUUACUGCAACAAUGUUUUCCCCUUUUCCUUUAUCCCUUGUUCUCUUUCUUACAUCCAACAAUGUUUCCCUUUUCCUUUAUCCCUUGUUCUCUUUCUUUGCAACAAUGUUUUCCCUUUUCCUUUAUCCCUUGUUUCUCUUUAAUGUUUUCCCUGCAUCCCUUGUUCAAUUUUUUUCCUUUUUCCUUUAUCCUUGUUCUCUUUCUUACUGCAACAAUGUUUUCCUUUUCCUUUAUCCCUUGUUCUCUUUCUUACGUGCAACAAUGUUUUCCCUUUUCCUUUAUCCCUUGUUCUCUUUCUUUUGCAACAAAUGUUUUUCCUUUUUCCUUUAUCCUUGUUCUCUUUCUUACUGCAACAAUGUUUUUCCUUUUCCUUUAUCCCUUGUUCUCUUUCUUACUGCAACAAUGUUUUCCUUUUCCUUUAUCCUUGUUCUCUUUCUUACUGUCCAAUGUUUUUUCCUUUUUCCUUUAUCCUUGUUCUCUUUCUUACGUCCAAUGUUUUUCCUUUUUCCUUUAUCCCUUGUUUCUUUCCCAACAAUGUUUUCCUUUUCCUUUAUCCCUUAUUUCUCUUUCAAUACAAUGUUUCCCUUUUUCCUUUAUCCCUUGUUCUCUUUCUUAUCAAUGUUUUCCUUUUCUUUAUUUCUUUUUCCCUUUUUCCUUUAUCCCUUGUUCUCUUUCUUACUGCAACAAUGUUUUUUUCCUUUUUCCUUUAUCCCUUUUUCUUUCUUUUGUUUUCCUUUUUUAUCCCUUGUUCUCUUUCUUACUGCAACAAUAUUUUUCCUUUUCCUUUAUUUAUUCCUUGUUUUCCCUUUUCCUUUAUCCCUUGUUCUCUUUCUUACUGCAACAAUGUUUUUCCUUUUCCUUUAUCCUUGUUCUCUUUCUUUGCAACAAUGUUUUCCCUUUUCCUUUAUCCUUGUUCUCUUUCUUACUGCAACAAUGUUUUCCUUUUUCCUUUAUCCCUUGUUCUCUUUCUUACUGCAACAAUGUUUUCCCUUUUCCUUUAUCCUUGUUCUCUUUCUUACUGCAACAAUGUUUUCCCCUUUUCCUUUAUCCUUGUUCUCUUUCUUACUGCAACAAUGUUUUCCCUUUUUCCUUUAUCCCUUGUUCUCUUUCUUACUGCAACAAUGUUUUCCCUUUUUCCUUUAUCCCUUGUUCUCUUUCUUACGUCCACAAUGUUUCCCUUUUCCUUUAUCCCUUUUUCUCUUUCUUACUGCAACAAUGUUUUCCCUUUUCCUUUAUCCUUAUUUCUCUUUCUUAUCCUGCAACAAUGUUUUUUUUUCCUUUUUCUUUAUCCCUUGUUCUCUUUCUUACUGCAACAAUGUUUUUCCCUUUUCCUUUAUCCCUUGUUUCUCUUUCUUACUGCAACAAUGUUUUCCUUUUCCUUUAUCCCUUGUUCUCUUUCUUACUGCAACAAUCUUUUUCCCUUUUCCUUUAUCCCUUGUUCUCUUUCUUACUGCAACAAUGUUUUUCCUUUUUCCUUUAUCCUUUUCUCUUUUCCUUUUUCCUUUAUCCCUUAUUUCUCUUUCUUACUGCAACAAUGUUUCCUUUUCCUUUUCCAAUUUUCUUUUCCUGCAACAAUUUUCCCAUUUUCCUUUAUCCUUGUUCUCUUUCUGCAACAAUGUUUUCCUUUUUCCUUUAUCCCUUGUUCUCUUUCUUACUGCAACAAUGUUUUCCUUUUCCUUUAUCCCUUGUUCUCUUUUCUUACUGCAACAAUGUUUUCCCUUUUCCUUUAUCCCUUGUUUCUCUUUCUUACAUCCAAUGUUUUUCCCUUUUUCCUUUAUCCCUUGUUCUCUUUCUUACUGCAAUGUUUUCCCUUUUUCCUUUUUCCCUUUUCUCUUUCUUACUGCAACAAUGUUUUCCCUUUUCCUUUUAUCCCUUGUUCUCUUUCUUACUGCAACAAUGUUUUCCUUUUUCCUUUAUCCCUUAUUUCUCUUUCUUCAAUGUUUCCUUUUUUGUUUUCCUUUUCCUUUAUCAAUGUUUUCCCUUUUUCUUUUCUUACUUUCCACAAUGUUUUCCCUUUUUCCUUUUUAUCCCUUUUUUCUCUUUCUGCAACAAUGUUUUUCCUUUUCCUUUUCCUUGUUCUCUUUCUUACUGCAACAAUGUUUUUCCCUUUUUCCUUUAUCCCUUGUUCUCUUUCUUACUGCAACAAUGUUUUCCCUUUUCCUUUAUCCCUUGUUUCUCUUUCUUACUGCAACAAUUUUUCCUUUUCCUUUAUCCUUGUUCUCUUUCUUACUGCAACAAUGUUUUCCUUUUCCUUUUCCUUUUCUCUUUCUUAUCCCUUUUCCUUUUCCUUUAUCCUUUUCUCUUUCUUGCAACAAUGUUUUCCCUUUUCCUUUAUCCCUUGUUCUCUUUCUUACUGCAACAAUGUUUUUUCCCUUUUUCCUUUAUCCUUUUUCUCUUUCUUACUGCAACAAUGUUUUCCCCUUUUCCUUUAUCCCUGCAACAAUUUCUCUUUCUUACUGCAACAAUGUUUUUCCUUUUUCCUUUAUCCCUUAUUUCUCUUUCUUACUGCAACAAUUUUUCCUUUAUCCCUUUUUCUCUUUUUACUGCAAUCCCUUUUCCUUAUUUCUCUUUCUUACUGCAACAAUGUUUUUUCCCUUUUCCUUUAUCCCUUGUUCUCUUUCUUACUGCAACAAUGUUUUCCCCUUUUCCUUUAUCCUUAUUUUCUCUUUCUUACGUCAAUGUUUUCCCCUUUAUCCCUUAUUCUCUUUUCUUACUGCAACAAUGUUUUCCCUUUUUCCUUUAUCCUUGUUCUCUUUACUGCAAUUUUUCCUUUCAAUCUUUUUACUGCCAAUUUUUCCUUUAUCCCUUUUCUCUUUCUUACUGCAACAAUGUUUUCCCUUUUUCCUUUAUCCCUUUUCUCUUUCUUACUGCAACAAUGUUUUCCCUUUUUCUUUAUCCUUUUUUUCUCCCUUGUUUUCCUUUUUCCUUUAUCCCUUGUUCUCUCUUUCUUAACAUGUUUUUCCUUUUCCUUUAUCCCUUAUUCUCUUUCUUACUGCAACAAUGUUUUCCUUUUUCCUUUAUCCCUUGUUCUCUUUCUUACUGCAACAAUGUUUUCCUUUUUCCUUUAUCCCUUAUUUUCUUUCUUACUCAAUGUUUUCCUUUUUCCUGUCACAAUGUUUUUCCUUUUUCCUUUAUCCCUUGUUCUCUUUCUUACUGCAACAAUGUUUCCCUUUUUCCUUUAUCCUUGUUCUCUUUCUUACUGCAACAAUCUUUUCCCUUUUCCUUUAUCCCUUAUUUCUCUUUCUUACUGCAACAAUGUUUUCCCUUUUCCUUUAUCCCUUGUUCUCUUUCUUACCAACAAUAUUUUCUUUUCCUUUAUCCCUUGUUCUCUUUCUUACUGCAACAAUGUUUUUCCUUUUUCCUUUAUCCCUUGUUCUCUUUCUUACUGCAACAAUGUUUUCCCCUUUUCCUUUAUCCCUUAUUUCUCUUUCUUACUGCAACAAUGUUUUCCUUUUUCCUUUAUCCCUUAUUUCUCUUUCUUACUGCAACAAUGUUUUUCCCUUUUUCCUUUAUCCCUUGUUCUCUUUCUUACUGCAACAAUGUUUUCCUUUUUCCUUUAUCCCUUGUUCUCUUUCUUUACAAUAUUUUCCCCUUUUUCCAACAAUCAAUUUUUCCUUUUCUUUUAUCCCUUGUUCUCUUUCUUACUGCAACAAUGUUUUCCUUUUCUUUAUCCCUUGUUCUCUUUCUUACAACAAUGUUUUUCCUUUUUCCUUUAUCCCUUGUUCUCUUUCUUACUGCAACAAUGUUUUUCCCUUUUCCUUUAUCCUUGUUCUCUUUCUUACUGCAAUGUUUUCCCUUUUCCUUUAAUGUUCUCUUUCUUUCCUUUUUCCUUUUCCUUUAUCCCUUGUUUCUCUUUCUUACUGCAACAAUGUUUUCCUUUUCCUUUAUCCUUUUUUCUUUCUUUAUCAAUGUUUUCCCUUUUUUUUUUCUCUUUCUUACUGCAACAAUGUUUUUCCCUUUUUCCUUUAUCCCUUGUUCUCUUUUCUUACUGCAACAAUGUUUUCCCCUUUUCCUUUAUCCUUAUUCUCUUUCUUACUGCAACAAUGUUUCCCUUUUUCCUUUAUCCCUUGUUCUCUUUCUUACUGCAACAAUGUUUCCCUUUUCUUUGUCCUUACUGCAACAAUGUUUUCUCUUUCUUCUUUCUUGCAACAAUGUUUUCCCUUUAUCCUUUUCUCUUUCUUGCAACAAUGUUUUCCUUUUCCUUUAUCCCUUGUUCUCUUUCCACAAUGUUUCCUUUUCCUUUAUCCCUUUUCUCUUUCUUACUGCAACAAUGUUUUCCUUUUUCCUUUAUCCUUGUUCUCUUUCUUACUGCAACAAUGUUUUUUUUCCUUUAUCCUUUUCUCUUUUUAUCCAAUGUUUUUUUUCUCCUUCUCUUUCUGCAACAAUGUUUUCCCUUUUUCCUUUAUCCCUUGUUUCUCUUUCUUACUGCAAUGUUUUCCCUUUUCCUUUUCCUUUAUUUCUCUUUCUUACUGCAACAAUGUUUUCCUUUUUCUUUAUCCUUGUUCUCUCUUUCUUACUGCAACAAUGUUUUCCCUUUUCCUUUAUCCUUAUUCUCUUUCUUACUGCAACAAUGUUUUUCCCUUUUCCUUUAUCCCUUAUUUCUCUUUCUUACUGCAACAAUGUUUUCCCUUUUUCCUUUAUCCCUUGUUCUCUUUCUUACUGCAACAAUGUUUUUCCUUUUCCUUUAUCCCUUGUUUUCUCUUUCUUACGUCCCACAAUGUUUUCCCUUUUCCUUUAUCCUUGUUCUCUUUCUUACGUCAACAAUGUUUUCCUUUUCCUUUAUCCUUUUCUUUUUCCUUUGUCCUUUUCCUUUCUUGUUCUCUUGCAACAAUGUUUUCCCUUUUUUCCUUUAUCCUUGUUUCUCUUUCUUUGCAACAAUGUUUUCCCUUUUCCUUUAUCCCUUAUUCUCUUUCUUACUGCAACAAUGUUUUCCUUUUCCUUUAUCCUUAUUUCUCUUUCUUACUGCAACAAUGUUUUUUUUCCUUUAUCCUUUUCUCUUUCUUAUCCAAUGUUUUCCUUUUCCUUUUCCUUAUUUCUCUUUCUUACGUCAAUGUUUUUCCCUUUUCCUUUAUCCCUUGUUCUCUUUCUUACUGCAACAAUGUUUUCCUUUUUCCUUUAUCCCUUAUUUCUCUUUCUUACUGCAACAAUGUUUUCCCUUUUUUCCUUUAUCCCUUGUUCUCUUUCUUACUGCAUGUUUUUCCCUUUUCCUUUAUCCCUUGUUCUCUUUCUUUAA